AUGGAACUCUUGUUUAAUAAUACCAAAAUGGAAAGUGGAAUAUUUCAAUGGAAAGUUAAAAUUGACAAUUUGGCUUCUUGGAUUGCUGUUGGAGUGUCCACACAUGAAGUGGUUUCAUCCAAACGUUUUAAUGCCUUUAUCUAUCAUUUUGAACCUCAUCAUUCCUCUUUAAUGAGUCACAAUGGGCGUACUUGGAGUUUAGAUUUGAAUGAAAAUGAUGGAAAGAAUGGUUUUAAAUUUACAAAAGGUAGUGAAUUGGAAUUGGAAAUGAAUUGCAACACACAACAAUUAACCAUUCGAAAAGUGGGAAGUGGUGAAUUCGUCACAUUUAAGCAAGUAGAGUUGCCUGUAUAUCCUUCCAUUGCCCUUCAUUCCCCAAAUGAUUCUGUGAGCUUUUACAAUAAUGUAUUUUUACAAAAAUAA